AUGGGACGGAAUAUCAGGAAAGUGAGGCAAGACCACCCAGAAGUGAUUACAAAGUCCACUGAUGAUGACACGACAGUGAUGUUCAUGGGAGAACCAGAAAAAAUAAGGGCAGCUAGGGCAGACUUCUGUGGCCUACUGGCCAUCCCCGUCGCUACAAGUGCGAGAGAAAGAGUCACCAACCUGACAGGGACUGCUACCAAAAACACAAAAUCAGGGCAAGUAACUACCGAAAAGAACAAUGAUGUCAUAUGCCCUAUUUGCCUGUCGGUGCCAACAAAUCCGCGCUCUCCUCCCUGCAAAGCCCGAGGCUGUAAGGCCGUGUUCUGCAAGAAGUGUCUGGACAAGGCCAUGAAGACAACACCAUUCUGUCCAGUCUGCAGCACUGUUGUGGGGAAACUGAUGGGAAACCAGCCUGAAGGAAGCAUGAAGGUUUCCUACUACAGACAAAGGAAUCUUGCUGGCUAUAAACGAACCGGAACCAUCAUCAUCGACUAUGCUUUUAGAGAUGGAAUACAAGGGUCAGAGCACCCCAACCCGGGUAAGCCUUACACAGGAACAACUCGCAAAGCAUAUCUCCCUUAUAAUGCUGAUGGAAUAAAAGUGCUUCGUCUUCUGAAACAAGCUUUUGAACAGAAGCUGACCUUCACCAUUGGAACAUCUUCAACAUCAGGAUACAGUGACACAGUGACAUGGAACGACAUUCAUCACAAGACCAACACGCAUGGAGGACUAAGCAUGCAUGGUUAUCCUGACCCUGGUUAUCUGAAAAGGGUGACAGAGGAGUUGGCUGCCAAGGGCAUCAAGUAGAAAAGCGAGAUGUAAACUCCAACAUAUUGAAAACACUGGUCAAUGAAGUGCUUGUUUUCAAAACCAAUAAAGAUUUUGGAAUUUGUAUGGAACAG